CAGCCAAUGAUUACCCUCCGUCCCAUAAUGCAUUGCAUCACAAACUGCACGCGCGAACGAUGCACACCGUAGUUAGGUAUUGUUGGAAACUGAACAAUUUAAACCUCACUACUGUAUAAAGUGGAUCUUGGAGCUAAAAAGCCCAGUAAUGACCGCAAGCAACAACGGUUCAGUUCUUAAAGAUGUCGUUGCCUAUGUUGAUGUGUGGUCAUCAGACAAAACAGCAAACUAUUCGAAACCAUUCAUUCAGCAGCUGCUGGAAAUGGGAGCUCAGGUAUCAAAAACAUUCAAUAAACAAGUCACUCAUGUAGUCUUCAACAAUGGUCAUCUGGCAACAUGGAGAAAAGCCAAGAAAAGUGAUGUCAGGCUUGUCUCUGUUCUCUGGGUAGGAAGAUGUUAUGACGACGGUGUGCGUGUCGAUGAGGAGUUGUAUCCAGCCCUAAAUGAUGAAAGCAAUCCUGUGUUGAAGAAUAAGAAACAUCGCUGCAUGCAGCCAAAAGAUUCUCCAGAGAGGACUCCUGAAAAUGACAGGCGCAUGAGGAAAAAGUUAGACAAGUUGAUGAAAGACCUCGCUCCAAAACAACCUCUGGUUACAGAUGUGUCACCCAUCAUCAUCGACGAAGAGAGUGGAAUAGUCUAUAGCCCUGCAUUAAAAAGAUCGGAUUAUAUGGCACAGCGUUUGAAAGACAUGAAACAGAAGCGGGAAAACCUCUCACCCACAGCUUCACAAAUGCCUGAAUCCUGCUCACCCACUGGGCUAAAGCCUUCUCUUGGGAGCUCACCAACUAUCUUCAGAUUAAUGUUUGACCAGUCGGAUGAUGAUCCCAGUGCUUCUGUUGCUGAACCCGGUUGCUCACCUGAUAAAGAAGAGGGGAGAACACAAGUUGAUGUUACUGAGCACAGACAUCUUGAAAAACGCCACAAGAAAGGCUCUGAAAAGCCCUGUCUGUCAUCCUGCCGUGAUGUGCCAAAAAGGAUUUCAAGUCCUUUGAAAUGUCCUGACUUGGAGUUCAAAGAGGACAAAGAAGGGAAUGGACAAAAAAAGUCAAGAAGGAACUCGGUCAGAAAAAAGCCAGCCGAGAAGAGCAAAUCUGUAGGAUUAUUAGAAAGUCUUUGCCAGGAUACGAGAUCUGACAACAGCAAGAACUUUCGUAAAGUAAAAAGACAAUCACAGAUAAAAUCAUCUAGCCUAUCACCUAACGAAUCUGAAAAGGGGAAGCAAAAAAUUAAAGCAGCUAAAUCUUUUACAGAGACUAAGACCAGUAUUUGUACUGAUGAUGUGAAUUGUUCUAGUUGCCUCUCUUCACCAGCCAUGUCAGGUGAUCCUGAAGUUGAACUAACAAAAGAAACUGGUACUAAAUUAUGGAAACUGGAACGGAAAAUACCCAAACGAGCUAGACAGUCACUUUCAGCCUUGGUACGAUCUUUCACUCUGUCUGGUGCAAGUGUUGCCUCAGGUUCCACUGAUGGAGAUGAUAACGUGUUUGAGGACUAUUUCUCCCCAGCUAAUCACCAGAGAUCAAAAAUACCUCUUUUCUCUAAUCUGCCUGUGGUGAAAGACAUUCAGAUUCCUUUUGAGUUGGACUCUGUCCCACAGAAGAGAAAACAAAGAAGAAGUGAAAGAACAGGAUCUGAAACUAACAGUAAAAAGAAGAGGAAACUGGAAGAAAGUCUGAGUGGCAAAAAUCUCAUUCAGCAGUCGCAUACAAGCAGUCACCGACAACAGGAUGUUAAAGAAUCUCUGCCUGCAUUGGACAGUCCGAGUGCCAGACACAGUGCAAGUGUAACACUUGUGGCUGAAAGAGCAAGACAGAGCACCUUGCCAUUUACAAGCACCAGUACAACUACAAGUGAUGCAGAAGCAGAACAGAGAAGAGCAUCAACAUCGGUACAACCAACAAUGGUAACAGAGGAUAACGCAGUAUCGGAGCUGCAGAAAAACUCCGAUGUCAGUGUCCUUUCUCACGCCAUGGAAAGUAGAGGAAAUGAAUGUACAGUUGCAGCUGGUUUAACAGAGAUCCCCUCUGAAGGCGAAGAAAAUCACAAUAAGCAAGUCAGCUUGAUUCUUCAGAAAAUGGUCAACAAAACAAAGGCUAUGAGAACACUGGUCAUGACAAGCAUGCCAACUGAGCAGCAGCACACGGUGGUUCAGGUGGUGAAAACACUGGGUGGUUUUUCAAUUGUUGACCGAGUUUGUGAGAGCACAACUCAUGUAGUGUCUGGGGGUCACCGGCGGACUCUCAAUAUUCUGUUGGGCAUAGCUCGUGGCUGCUGGAUCCUCUCUUUUGAAUGGAUUCUCUGGUGUUUGGAGCAAAGGCAGUGGAUUCCAGAGGAACCAUAUGAACUUUCAGACCAAUUUCCAGCAGCACAGAUCUGUCGUCUCCAGAGGCACCUGUCCGCUGGGGAGCACCAGCAGGACCUGUUCCAAGGACAGCCAGCCAUGUUUGUGUCCCAGCACUCCCAGCCGCCCACUCAGAGUCUGGUGGAGCUGAUCCAGCUCUGUGGAGGAACAAUCUGCAAAACUGUGCGGCAGGCGGGUAUCUGCAUAGGGAGGUACAGCGGCAGGAGACCGGAGGGAAGCAGGAUCCUGUCUGAGCAGUGGGUGCUGGAUAGUAUCACACAUCUGAAGCAGCUAUCAUACGACAACUACGAUUUGGAGUGAAAGCUGAAUAUUUUUUUGCCUGUGAAGUUUAGUUUUAUAAAUUUUAUCCUGGACGAUACAUGAUCGCACAUACCCUCACUUUUUGUGCAGGUUAAUUGUCUUGCUUUACAAAUGUGUUCAGAGGCUUUACAUAAAUCCUCUCAUAUAUUCUGUUUCUGAAGAUAUUUAGUUCCUGGUUUCCAUGGAAACCUAUUACUUUGAAGGACCAUCAACUAUUCAAUAAUGGUCCGUUUCACUGUGAAACUGCUUUAACAUACUGUUUGUCAAUCCUUUAUUAAUUGCAUUUUUUUUCAUAAUGUAGAAACCACUACAGUGUAUGUGUAGUAGAGUGUGUUUUUCACAACAAAUGAGACAUGAGAUUGAGCCACAUGGUUUUUUAUGUAUAUCAAUGUGAUUUUAAAAAUACUUUCCGAGCCAGUUGAAUACUCUACUGUAGCCUUUAUAGAAAUAUUUUGUGAUGUCAUUGUUAAUAAAGCUUUUUUUAAUUAUUUUUUUUUAUUUUGAUCAUUGUUUUUUGUUAAUCACAAGUUUAAAUACUCAGCGUUACCUGAAAUCGCCACACCUAACUCUACAUUGCAAAGGCUGUCGCCCUGCUAACCACACCCAAGAAGUUACAUAACGCCACCCGUUUGGCCAGCAAAGCCCUUUUUCCCUUCAAACCAUUGUGACCAGAACAAAGAAAGAACCACUGUAAAUUAAAGAAGGGACUUUCUAACUUUAUCUGUUAUUUUAUUUUGGUUAACAUUUGGACUACAUGACUGUUUCAUGGCUUUUUUUUUAAUGGUUAUUGAAUUACAUUACAUUAGUUUCCUAUGUUUAAUACCCUGAAGACAAGGGAAAUGCUAAGAUAGUGGAUGCAUACAUUAAGUAAGUUGAAUAAUGUGGGCCUAUUUUACUUCAUUUAUUCAACUAUUUGU